AUGACAACACCGCACCGCCCAUCGUCGCCCGCGCCGUCCGCGACUUCGACCCUUCGAUCCGUGCUAUCGCACGCCGAACUCGCCUCGGCAACCGCCAAGCGGCCACUGGAGGGACCCAGCGACGAUACCCUACGUGCAGAAGAGUGUGCACAUGCUGCAGAGCUCCCGCGCGACGGUGCUGUCGAGGCGGAUGCAGGAUCUUUGGCGGGGUCAGGAGGACGGGUCAAGCGCGGGUUGAAGGCAGUCUGGGACUUGCUGCUGGCGCAGUGGUUUGUUCUGGGUGUCGGAGUCGUUAUAGUCCUCGCCUGGGCGUUUCCGAACGUCGCUCGACCUGGCGGGGCUAUCCGCUCGGAGUACACGAUCAAGUAUCUCGCCGUGGCCAUCAUCUUCUUCAUUUCGGGGCUCACUCUGCCGCUGCGCAACCUCUUCCUGCGAGCAGGCGACUGGAAACUCCACCUCGUUUGCCACAUCACCUCCUUCUUCCUCUUCCCCGCCGUCACUUUCGCCAUCAUCAACGCCGUUUGUGCCGCCGACCCGCAGUACAAGCGCUUCGACCGUUGGGCGCUCGUCGGGAUGCAGGUUAUGGCGGUCCUGCCGACGACGGUCUCGUCGAACGUCGUGAUGACGGGGCAGGCGGGUGGUGACGAGGCUGCGACGACAGUCGAAGUGAUGAUCGGCAACCUCUUCGGCACCUUCCUCUCUCCCGCACUCCUCAGCCUCUUCAUGUCGUCCUCGACUUGGUCGUUCGGCAAGCCCGUCGCGUCCGGCAAAGGCGGCAUCGGCGAGCUGUACCGCCAGGUGAUCCAGCAGCUCGGUUUGACGGUCUUCGUCCCCCUGACCGUCGGCGAGAUCCUGCAGUACAUUUGGCCUAAGCAGGUCAAGUGGACUCGGACGACGCUCCGGCUCGGCAAGGUGGGAAGCGUGUGCCUCCUCCUCGUCAUUUGGUCGACUUUUAGCGGGGCAUUCUACGAGGGAGCUUUCGAGAUCCUGACGGGCGAGGCUGUCGCCCUCGUCGUGCUGGUCAACAUCGGACUGUACUUGGUCAUCUCGCUUCUUCUCUUCCUCGUCUGUCGCCUCGUCCCCUCGCCUCGAUUACGGCUCGAGGGUCACAAAGUCGCCUACGACAGCAGUGGACCCCUCUUCGAUCCAGCGACAACCAUCGCUUGUUUGUUUGUCGGCGGUGCGAAGGGAGCAGCUUUGGGGGCCCCCAUCGUCUCGAUUUUAUACGGCGGUUUGGACGGCCAAGCGAGAGGCAUUGUUUCUCUCCCGCUUGUGCUGUACCAAGGCUCGCAAGUCGUGCUUGGCCAGCUCGCGGUGGUCAUCCUGAAGUGGUGGAAGGGGCGUAUAGACCGGCGUGAAGCGGUCGAGGACAGAGGGACCGCGUAG